AUGGCCGCGCGCCCGCCGCCCGCGCCCCCGGCCCGCGCCCUCCUGCUCGCCCUGGCCGCGGCUCUGCUGGCGCCCCCCGCCGCCCGCGGGGUGAACUUGGGAAGAAAAUUAGCACCUUUCACGCAACAGGCCGGAAGGAGGAGCCAGGGAGGAGCUUAUGAAGUAGUCAGUGGCUCUCUUGUGAACAAAGACCCCUGGAAUCCCAUGAAGAGUAUUGACUCAAAGAAUCAUCCAGAAAUGUUGACUUUUCGAGUACAACUGGAAAACAAAGAACUGAUCAUAAAUCUGGAAAGGAAUGACGGUCUCAUUGCUAGCGGUUUCACAGAAACCCACUACCUGCAAGAUGGCACUGACGUCUCCCUCACUCGAAAUCACACGGGUCAUUGUUACUACCACGGACACGUGCAAGGAGCUCCUGGUUCCACGGUCAGCCUCAGCGCGUGUUCGGGUCUCAGGGGACUUAUUACAUUUGAAAAUAACACCUAUAUCUUGGAACCAAUGGAAAAUGCAACCAACAGAUACAAAGUCUUCCCAGCAGAGGACCUGAGGGGCCCCUGGGGGUCCUGCGGAUCACAUCUCAGCACAGCAGCCCUCACUGAGGACUACAAGCUCCCACCACCCUCCCCACCAUGGGCAAGAAGGCAUAAAAGAGAGACCCUCAAAAUGACCAAGUAUGUUGAGCUGGUCAUUGUGGCUGACAACCGAGAGUUUCAGAGGCAAGGAAAAGAUCUGGAGAAAGUUAAGCAGCGAUUAAUAGAGAUUGCUAAUCACGUUGACAAGUUUUACAGGCCGCUGAACAUCCGAAUAGUGCUGGUGGGCGUGGAGGUGUGGAAUGACAUCGACAAAUGCCCUAUAAGUCAGGACCCAUUCACAAGCCUCCAUGAAUUUCUGGACUGGAGAAAGAUGAAGCUUCUGCCUCGCAGAUCCCAUGACAAUGCGCAGCUGAUCAGUGGGGUGUAUUUCCAAGGGACCACCAUCGGCAUGGCACCGAUCAUGAGCAUGUGCACCGCAGAGCAGUCUGGGGGAAUUGUCAUGGACCAUUCAGACAGCCCCCUUGGUGCGGCUGUGACCUUGGCACACGAGCUGGGCCACAACUUCGGGAUGAACCAUGACACCCUGGAGAGAGGCUGUAGCUGCAGAAUGGCUGCUGACAAAGGAGGCGGGGGCUGCAUCAUGAACCCCUCCACAGGGUACCCCUUCCCCAUGAUGUUCAGCAGCUGCAGCAGGAAGGACCUGGAGGCCAGCCUGGAGAAAGGCGUGGGCAUGUGCCUCUUCAACCUGCCAGAAGUUAAGCAGUCUUUUGGGGGCCCAAAGUGUGGGAACGGAUAUGUCGAAGAAGGAGAAGAGUGUGACUGUGGGGAGCCAGAGGAAUGCAUGAAUCUCUGCUGCAACGCCACCACCUGUACCCUGAAGCCAGACGCUGUAUGCGCACACGGGCUGUGCUGUGAGGACUGCCAGCUGAAGCCUGCGGGGACGGCGUGCAGGGGCUCCGGCAACUCCUGUGACCUCCCUGAGUUCUGCACGGGGGUCAGCCCCCAGUGCCCAGCCAACGUGUACCUGCACGAUGGGCACCCGUGCCAGGGGGUGGAUGGUUACUGCUACAACGGCAUCUGUCAGACACAUGAACAGCAGUGCGUCACGCUCUGGGGACCAGGUGCUAAACCUGCCCCGGGGAUCUGCUUCGAGAGAGUCAACUCUGCAGGUGACCCUUAUGGCAACUGUGGCAAAGACUCCAAGAGUUCCUUUGCCAAAUGUGAGCUGAGGGAUGCUAAGUGUGGAAAAAUCCAGUGUCAAGGAGGUGCCAGCCGGCCAGUCAUUGGUACCAAUGCUGUUUCCAUAGAAACGAAUAUCCCACUUCAGGAAGGAGGUCGGAUUCUGUGCCGUGGAACCCAUGUGUACUUGGGUGAUGACAUGCCAGACCCAGGGCUUGUGCUCGCUGGCACAAAGUGUGCAGAUGGAAAAAUCUGCCUCAAUCGUCAAUGUCAAAAUAUAAGUGUCUUCGGUGUUCACGAGUGUGCCAGGCGGUGCCACGGCAGAGGGGUGUGUAACAACAGGAGGAACUGCCACUGUGAAGCCCACUGGGCGCCACCCUUCUGUGACAAGUUGGGCUUUGGAGGAAGCACAGACAGUGGCCCUGUCCGCCAAGCAGAUAACCAAGGUGUAACGAUAGGCGUUCUGGUGACCAUCCUGUGUCUUCUUGCUGCUGGGUUUGUGGUUUAUCUCAAAAGGAAGACGUUGAUACAACUGCUAUUUAUGGAUAAAAAAACAACCAUUGAAAAGCUAAGGUGCGUACGCCCUUCCCGGCCGUCUGGUGGCUCCCAGCCUGGGCAGGCUCGCCUCACACACCUCAGCAAAGGCCUGAUGAGGAAGCCACCACGCUGCACCACAAAUAAGGCCAGCACGCGGAGACCGCCACCGAGUCAGAGUGUUGACAUCAGCAGGCCCCUCAAAGCCCUGGACGCCUCGCAGCCCAUUUCGCCUCAGCGGGUGCUCCCACCCCUCCACAAGGCUCCCCGUGCACCCAGCGUCCCUGCCAGGCCCCUGCCGGCCAACCCUGCCCUUAGGCAUGCCCAGGGAACUCGUAAGCCAAACCCUCCUCAGAAGCCUCUGCCUGCAGAUCCUUUGAACAAGACCACGCGGCUUGCCAGCACCUCAGCCAGGCCCCUGGGACAGCAGGAGUCCGGGCUCCGCCUUGCGCCCAUCAGACCUGCUCCUAAACAGACACAUCAACUGCCCAGACCCACCCACACUGCCUAUGCUAAGUGAGAAACAAGCCGACACUUUUUAUCAACAGUGAAGACAGAAGUUUGCACUAUCUUUCAACUCCAGUUGGAGUUAUUUUUUGUACCAACUUCUAGAAUUUUUUUAAUGUGGAAGACACCGUUAUUUUAAGAACUUUGAGCUGCCGCCGCCGGUGCUGUGCUGUGUGCUAUGGUGCUCUGUACACUUGCUCAGGUACUUGUAAAUUAUUAAUUUAUGCAGAAUGCUUAUUACAGUGCAGUGCGCUGUCGUGGGCAUUCUUACCAUCCCUGAGUUUUCCGUGGAAGGAAGGCUCCUUGUGCUUUCAAGAGCUUAGUGAACUUGACAUACCGUGCUCUAUGGGAUUCUGCACAGGGUGUUUACUUUAUGAUCUAGGCCUUAUUGGAGAGCAGGUCCCCAUCCACCCAUGGCUGUGGUUCUGGUACCAGACACAGCUCAAGAGACCCAGGGAGAAAGAAGCUUGAAUGAUAUUCUGGAACCCGUACCCUUGGGCCAGAGGCAGGGGCUUGGCUUUCGGAGAGACCCUGGGCCCUGUCACCUACCAGAGGCCGUAUCCCUUGAAGCCCCAGGAUAACAGGGAGGGGUUUGGAGAGGCUGGGGAGCUUUAGGGAGAAGCAGGUUACAGAAAGAAAUUCUAAAGUGUGGACACAACAAGAUAGAGACUAUGCAGCCAGGCAGGAAUCUGACCUUGAGCUCACUGACCCUGAGCCCACUUGGAGAGCAAGCAAAGACGUCUGCUUCACGGAAAUACCAGCAACACUUUUCCUGGCCGCCCUUUACAGAGCGCUGGCAUCUGCACCUUAUUUCGAAUGGGAAAAGUGGUUUCUACAGGAAAGCUACUGCCUAGGCUCUGCAGACCUCCAUCCUCCAGCACCGUGCGGGGCUGAGCAAGUGCCCAUCUUGUCUUCUCAACUGUAAUGCCAUGAUUCUGUGCACAGACAGAUGAAGCUUUCCACGCAACCAUAACUAUUUUCAGGUGUGAACCAGUAACCAGAUUUUGUAAACCAAUUUUGUAGAUAAAAGUAUCCUUUUAUUACAAGGUUCAACCUAUUAAAAAUUAGGCAGACUCCCUAUGCUUGCAAAAACUACAAUCAAAUGGAAUGCUGUGCUCGCUCCCUGGCAUGGGCUAUGUCUGCUCUUGAUUAGAUAUAUUGGUCAGAGAAUCAUAAGUUGCUGGGAAAUUCUCUUUGGGGCAUCCUGUUUUCCCAACUUGGCUACAGGAAUCUCUAAAAGAUGUUUUUAGCAUAAAGUCUGAGUCUAUUUCUCAAACACUUUCAACCUACCUGUUGAGCAUGACAGGACGUGAUAAGGAGAUCAGUUUCCUAAUCCUAAAUAUUCAUGAACUGCUGUCUUGGGCAGCAGCCCCCUCAACCCUAAAACUCUUCAAAUGUCUGACUUGGGAGCCAUUUUCACAAGGAGGUCUUGAAGACGCCUGUGUCUAAAGGCAUGAAAAUUACAAAAAUACUCAGACAAGGUAAAACGCCAUUGUGCCUCUAUCUUCUCAUGGGGUCAUAUAUGACUAUCACAUUAGAAGGUAACUGACAACAGUUCCAUAAUCUGCUAUUUUGUGGCAAAGACUGCAUCUGGGUCAUCUCAAUGGUUUUCUUAUGCCUAGAAGCAGAAAGACAGACCUACCAAGAAUGUUGGUUUGCCUUCGGGAAAACAAGACUGCAUCUAACGCUCCCCGUACCCACCUCCUGCAUCUAGGCAACACAGUAUUCGUGGUCAUGGAUAAACGAAAUCCACAUCACCAGCACACACACAGAAGGGAACCCAGCUCCAAUACAUUCCAACUCCCAUAGCGUGCAUCUGCUUAUUUUACAACUAUUGAUUUCUUAAAAAUAUAAAGCCAUGUUAGAAAAUAUUACUGCUGAUGAGUACAUACAGAAUUACUGUAACUGAUAUUACACUUGGUAAUUGUAGGAAGGCCAAAACAUAUACUAUUGAAAAGUUUACAUAAUUUUUAUGGUGCAUUAUGUGGGUUUUGUCUUUAUAGGUCCCCAGCCCCUUCAUCUGAUAUUUUUGCCUCUCUCCCUGUUGCACGGAAGAGGAUGUGAAUUUUUUUGUGUGUUGGCGGGAGUCUCUCCUUAGCUAUAAUUCCUGUACCUCUAUUUCAGAGAACCAGGAAUUGUUUGAUACUAAAAGAGGUUAACACUGUGAUCUUACACCAUGUCAUCAGUGGCCACUUCGGGGCUGCAGCUGAUGACACAUCCCUCUCUCCACAGUACUAACUGCUUUUAUAGAGCCACGCAAUUUAUUUCUGGAUAAGAACAUAUUUAAACCUAAUAUCCCCUUGCAAUAUGCAGAUAUUAUUAAAGGGACACUGUUUCCAAGAUGCAAUAUUUAUCAAAUGAAGCAUAUCUAGCAAUAACUUUCAUUUUAUUAUAACUUAGAGAAGCAACCAGUAGCCAGGUUUUCUUGGAGGGAGGUAUUCCUCCCCCUUUAAUAUCCUCAUAAAUGAUGAAAAAAAUAAAUACUUAUAUUUCAAUGGCAGUCUCUUUUUUAAUAUUUUUUUUAAUUUUAUAGGCAUGAAUAAUGGAGUUGACUUCAGCUUAUACGGCCAUCACUGAGAAAGGCAGUGCGCUCAGACACAAAGUAGGCCCUGAGGGUAGUUACUUUUCUUCAUCUUAUUAUAGCUGUAGGUUCUGGGACCCCCACUUCACUGGGAAGUAUAUGGCUGCUCUUCCAAGCAUUCUGUUUAAAAGUUUAGCUCCUGAAAUGUCCUUCCACAGUUUGUUUCCCUGACACAGGGAAUCAGAUGCAAUCAGGAGAAAGAGUGCGUAGCAUUUUCCAUUGUCAGAAUACCACGCACAGAGGUUACACUUCCCAGUGUGAAUUUUUCCAGCUUACACGUGUGGAAUCACAGAACCCACAGAAGCAACAAAUUAAACUACAGGAGAAUAUGUGCUCCUGACGAGUCUCAGGGGGUACAUUUUUCUGCCUUCUUAACUUUGUUAGGAAUUCUCAGGCUGAAACCACAGGCCAUCGUUCUCUGGCAAUCAACACAUCAGUGUACCCUCCCCCCCUCCUCCACAAAAGAUGAGUGUCAGUCUGUUUCUUUGGAGACUGUGAUCUCCCACGGUGCUAAAAGAGCCUGGUGCUGGGCCGGCUGAAUGCCCAGGCAUCCUCCUGCCAUCACCCCCGAUGUUUACCGAGCAUUCUGAGCCACCAGGACCCUGACAACUGAACGCCUGGGAUGCCUGCGCAGCUGGGCCGGGUCUUUCUCCUUUUCCCCUGCACACUGACCACCUUGCAGUCUCUCCUCCUGGAACUUAUUUCAUUUCAAACUGCUGCUGCAGAGGGCUCCACUGGGUGUUGUGGGACCAGGAGGCCCAGGGCAGACUGGCUCUGGAGAUGUGCCUCAUGGCUAGCAAAGUGACCCAGCCAAACCCCAGGGACCCAGAUAACCGUCCGCCAGUGCUGACCCUGGCUGGGGCUCAGGCUGUGGCCUUCACACACUAUGGCUGUUGGUGGGGACACUUCUCCUCCCCCCCACCGCAUGCAGGAGCAGGCCCGUAAACACAGGUGCACCCAGGCAGCCGAGACUAACAGACUUCUGCUCCCCCUUCCCACCCACACACAGUCCCUACCCCAGGCCACCCGGCUGCUGAUGCUUCUGUCCCUGACCAAGCUCUGUGCCCACAGCUACCACAAGUCCAUACCUUGGGCACCCAAAGCCCUCCUCCAGGGCUGUGGCAUGGAGCUCUGCCCACCAGCCCUGUAUGUGGCAGAGGCCCUCCCACAGGCACAGUGACCUCCCCCUUAAGAUAAUUCUAACUAGAAGGGGGAGUCGGUCACAGAAGGUCAGUUUCCCUAUGAUUGCAAAAUCCUCUUCACUCACAGCUCCCACUGACACCUAUUUCUUUUCAACAAAUUUGAAAACUCAGGUAGUGAUACAAGUAACACACUAAGAAAGACUCAUGAGCCCCAGGGUGACAACCAUUUCCCCGCAGAGAGAGGCUUCCAGAAGCUAUUUACCUACAUAUGGAUGAGCCAUUUCCCUGCUUUUCAUAAAGAGAAUCCCCUCUUUACUUUUUGGACAGUAAUGGCAGCUUAUAGCCCAGUAAUAAGAGCUUGAUAUGAGAAAAACUAGGAGAAGGAACACUGCAUCUAAAAUUGUUAUGAUGUCCAGUAAUGGGUCGCAACGGCCAGAAGACUUAACACACAGAGGAGUCCUCGGUGUGCUUCAGCUCUCCUGGGUUGAGUACCACAUAAGCCACCUUAAUUUCCCACAUCUUCAAAAAACAUGUCCUGUGCCCUCCCUGUGAUUCUCCUUCCAUAAGAUGGAUUUUCAGUCAGUUUAGCAGAGUUUAAAUCCAGACAGAAUAAAUGUUUUGUGAGCAUUUUCGUUGUACAAAUAAAUAGGAUGGCAUCUAUGUUCACAGCCUAUGAGCAAGUACUUAAGUAGGACAGCGAUAGAAAAAACACAUCAAAUCAGACAGAAUAUUCUCGGAACAUCCGAGGCAGGACAAGUGUGGCCGAGCUAAUUAUUCUCCUGUACCUUCUAUCGGGUCAGAUUGGGAAGUUGUUGGGCAGGUCCUUUCUUGAAACGUGUGUGACAGCUGUUAAAUGUAACUCUUUAAAACUUGGCUACAGGCUAUUCAGCACAGUACAAAGUUACAGCUACUCAACCAGUACAUUAAUUUUAUAGGGCAUCAUCCAUUUAUAAUGCUUCAGUUUGCUAAUUUUUUCACAUGUCUUUUUAUGUUACAGUCUGUUACUUUUGUAUGCAUUUCUCAUAUUGGGGUUCUACAGGUAACACAACUUGCUAUUUCCAUAGAAAAAAAUCAUUGUUAAGAAUAUUAUAUCCAAUAAAUGGUA